UAAAAUCUAUGGCAACCCUAAAAAUCAUUAUGAAUUUUAGGUAUGUAAAAGAUGACCAACAGAAAAUGGCAAUUUGUGUGUGAUUGUGAAGCUAAAUGACAAAAAACUUGAACCUCCCCUCUCAUGGUCCACACCCUCCAUCACUGUUCCCGCUGUCCAAAACAGACCACUUUUUUGGUUCAUUCUUUAUUCUCUAAUUGGAGUUUUCUCCUCUUUAGAAUUGCCUUCCUAGUGCAACAAAAAAAGAUCAAAGAAAAGACUUGGUUUCUGUAAAGAGCAGCUUCUAUGUAAAUUGGAGGAUGAUAUAAGAGAUAGGCCCAGUAAAGGGCUUACAAGUUCUCACUGGUAAUAUUUCUAAGUUGGGGUUUUUCUCUUUUCAUGAUGGUUUCUGGCACAUGCAUGGUUUGAAUCUGUUGUAUGAUCUCUCUUUAUCUGGCUUCUCUGCUGUCACUUUGUCCCGUUGUUACUGCAAACAUCAUUUGUUAGAUGAUUAUAAGAGUUUUUGACUCAGCACAGACAUUCAAAAAGUUCCACAUGAAAUGAAGAAUCCCCAUCUAUCUUGUUUUCCCAAUGGAGAGUUAUGUCAACUAAAAAAUGGCAAAUCUCAUCAACCAAGAAACUUGCCUCUACUUGAUCAGGAUCUUAACUUCCUUCCUUGUUCAGUUUCUGUAUCCAAAGGAUCUGGGAAUCAAAUGGAGGAGUCCUGUGAUGAAUCAGGUAUUGCAGAAAAGAAAAGGAGGGCAACAAGUGAGCACAUUGCUGGAAUUACUUUAUCCGAUCUGGCUAAAAAUUUUGGUGUUCCGAUCACAGAAGCUUCAAGAAAUCUAAAUGUUGGAUUAACAGUACUGAAAAGAAAAUGCAGAGAAUUUGGCAUUCAUCGCUGGCCGCACAGGAAGAUAAAGUCUAUUGAUGGUCUAAUUCGAGAUCUUCAGGAAGAAGCAAAGCAUAGGGAGGAAGAUCACAAAGCUCUGAUGGCAGUGACCAAGAGGCAAAUGAUGUUGCAGAAUGAAAGAGAGAGGAUAGAGAGGACACCAUUUAGAGAGCUGGAGAGUGAGACCAAGAGAUUUAGGCAAGAUGUUUUCAGGAGAAAGCAUAAAGCUAGGGCUCUAGAAAGUCAGAGUCCUUCAGUUUAGUUUGCAGGCAUUAGUAAUUAUAUGCAUAAUAUUGAACAAAAUAACUGGAAAAGUAGGAUGCUACUUUAUAAUCUCAUCAUGACAUACCCGACAAGAAGGUCUUGUAAGACCUGUACCAGCAAUUUUCAUAUGGAACUUUCUGUUUUUUUUCAAUGAAUAUUGUGUUUAAAUAA